GACGGGCGUUUUGCGUUACAAAUUAUCUUGGAAUUUUUCACGUUUUCCAUCUGGUUUCAACGUUCCAGACUAGAUUUUUGUCGUGAAAAACUGUGAUUAAGUGUUUUUGUAGAGUGCAGUGGCUGUGAAACGCGAUGAGCACCCGUGCGUGACGGCGCGAGAUUGCCUUCUGAUUCACAUUAAUUAUGUGAGCGGUGACGAACCAUUUUAAGUGUGCGAUAACACGCCCCGCUCCUUCGCAGUAGUUCGGCGGACAUUUUAUUCUUAGCUCGUGAGAAAUUUAUCGCGUCUCGUGUAUCGCUAAUAUAAAAUCAAUACUGCGUCCUUAAUCCUCUACCUUCCACAUUGCAUUAUUCUAUAUGCUAUAAGUACUUGACUACAUACAAUUAGAACAACACCCAAAUUAAAUCGCACUUUUGCAUUGAAAAAAUCUAGCUGCUUAUAUAUAUCUUGGCGAGUAAAAAAUUUACUCGAUUUGGCGGUCGUUUUUGAAUAAAAUUAAAAAAUAGAGGUCGCCCCGAUCGUUCCGUGACGUUGUCGCGCUUGCGUGCAUAGCGAACGAACUUCGCAUCACUACAGUCGUGAGUUGUGUGAACAAGUGACAGGGUUUCUUUAGCGGACCUCGCGUAGAAAAACAGUAUUCGCUUUCCCAGCAGCGUCUGUAUGCAGUGAUAGUGUUUAGUGUAGUGCUGUGAUCUGGUGUGGCCCUUGCCCGGGUCGAGAGUGCGUUUGUGGCGAUCGAUACGGAGCCCUAUGGCGUUAUAGGAUGAGCCAGGGAGGGUCUCGGAGGCCCUUCUCGCGCGGGGGCCCGCGCUGGCACCCGCGAUACAAGGAGUAUUGGGACUAUGAGCAGAAUUACAGUGACGGCAGCAGUGCUGGCAGCCCGAAGGAAGCGUGCGUGGCGGCGUCUCCGCCCCCCGCGGCACCGGCGCACGCGCCGCACCCGCCCCACCACCCGCCACACGCCCCGCACGGUGUGCACCCGCACCCGCACCCGCACGCCGUGCACGGGCACCCGCCGCCCGCCAAAAGAGACCACCACCACCAUCUUCGGCAUCACCACCAUGACACCCGGCGUCCUUCGCUCGAGCUGCGCGUGAGUCCCGGCGCGGGCGCGGGGCCGUCGGCCGAGCCGCCGCACUACAACCACCCGCCGCCGCACCACCAUCUUGACACGAAUCCGCUGGAGGGCGCGGCGGAGUCGAUGGGCAGCGGCGCCGCCGGCUCCUCGGACGGAGAGCUCAGCUCGAAGGCGGGCGACAGCCCCUCACGAAAGCGGCGGAGGAUCUCGAGGCAUUUGAGCUCAGGCGAAAGCGGCGUGUCGGUGGCGGCGCCGGCGGCCGAGCGGCGCACGCCGCGGCACCACUACCAGCCGCCCCGGCGGAUGCGGUACGUGGGGUCCGGCGGCGGCGUGUGGCACGACCCCCCCGCGAUGGCGCACCCGCACCCCGCGCACGCGCCGCACCCCGCGCACGUUCAGCACCCGCACCACACGCCCGUGCUGCUGGGCAUCAACCAGAUGUCGCUGCGCGACGCGCGUCUGUCGGCGCUGGGCGGCGGCGUGGGCUGGGCGCACGCGCACGCGCACGCGCGCGACCACGCGCAGCGCACGCAGAUGGGCUCCGUGUACGCGCACGCCGGCCUCGGCUACGGCGGCUUCUCUGCGCACGCGCACCCCGCGCAUCCCCCGCGCGCGCCCUUCGCCUCGCCCCCGCACCCGCACUAUCUGACGAACUCGCAGAGGGCGGAGGGCGGGCGCUACGAGGUGGUGGGCGAGGGCGGGCUGUCGCCGCUGCACCCGCACGCGCACGCGGAGCUGCACCACGCGCACGCGCACGCGCACGCGCACGCGCCGCUGCUGAUCAACACGGAGGCGCGCGGCGCGGCGCUGGAGCUGCUGGCGCCGCACCGGCACGCGCACGCGCACGCGCUGCACCACCGGCGAGGCGGCGUGGGCGCCGUGGGCGGCGUGGGCAACGUGGGCGGCGUGGGAGUGGGCAGCGUGGGCGGCGUGUCGCGCCAUUACGUGCGCCCGGCGCCGAGGUGGCCGCACCACCCCAUACACCACAUACACACGCAGGGCGGCGGAGGUCUAGUGGGCGCAGUGGGCGCCGUGGGCGCGGUGGGCGCGGCGCUGCCCGCGCACGUGCAGCAGCUGCACGUGGCGCAGCCCCAGCUGCUGCCGCCGCCGCCCACGUACCAGGUGUUCCUGAACCUGCUGGCCAUGUUCCCGCUGUCGCCGUACGCCGAGGCGCGCGGCGGCUCGGAGCGCGGCGACUCGCCCGAGACCGAGAACUACGAGGCGCUGCUGUCGCUGGCCGAGCGGCUGGGCGAGGCCAAGCCGCGGGGGCUGGCGCGGGCCGAGAUCGAGCAGCUGCCCAGCUACAAGCUGUGCGCGGCGCCGCGGCCCGACCAGCAGACGUCGUGCGUCGUGUGCAUGUGCGAGUUCGAGGCGCGCCAGACGCUGCGCGUGCUGCCCUGCGCGCACGAGUUCCACGCCAAGUGCGUGGACAAGUGGCUGCGGUCGAACCGCACGUGCCCCAUCUGCCGCGGCAACGCGUCCGACUACUUCGCGUCCGCCGAGUGAGCGCGGGCGCCGCCUGCGCCGCCUGCGCUUGGGCCGUUUGUUUGUAAAGUUGUACUUUAAGGUUUAUGUCCCUCAGCUGUGGCGACGCUUGGCGCGGAGGCCCCGACGAGUCCCAGCGCCUCGCAGAUUCAAUUCGUUGAUAUUUUAACGCUUCUCCUUCCACGACUAGAGUAGUGUCACUGGAGCGAGACCGAGGAGACGAGGGAUGCGUGACCGGGAAAACCGCCUCGUCGGGGCGCCGCGGCGGCGGGGGCCCCGAGUGUUGCCAUGUUCUAGUUACGUGAUAGUGCUUGUUAUUUUUAAUACGAUCUGUGUUACCAUGUAAUGUAUUGUAAUAUAACAUUUAGUGUUAGCGAGUGAACGUCUGUUGGUUUGUUUGUACACGCUUGUCGAGCGCGUCACCCGCCUUUUUGCCGCUUCGUAGUCGGUUAACGUAAAGCCAAAUACGAGCGUCGCGAAAAACGCUGUCCGUUGUUGUAUAUUGACAAUUUUUUAUUAAAAUUUCUCGCACACGUGUUCGGUGAACCUCCUCGCGGUCGUUGACCACUUGUUAUUGAACCACACCGCCGCCAACGGUCGACAAUGAACGUGUAACGUAGCGGCGCCCGAUUGGGUUGUUCCCAAAGCGGAAUUCAGAUAUGGCUAUUGUGGAUUCCCCUCCUCGCAAUUAUAAAUAAAGUUCAUGUAAAAGUUGUUGGUAUACACACAAGUAGAUAAUGUUACAAAAUUGUUGUAAACGCGUGUAGUUCGUUCACUUGACUGUGUUUGCGUGUUGAAAAACCCUCUGGUCUGGUUUCGCUCGUGGUUUCGCCGGCCAACGACGUGUUGGUCACACGACCGGCGAGCUCUCGAGCGUCCGCGUGCCGUCCACACUCGCGACUGCCGCCUCCUGAACUAUAAGAGGCAUGUUGCAGAACUUCGCUUACGGGGUUCAAUUCCCAGUAAGACAAAUUUGAGAAACUAACUUUCCUAUAGUACUUCUGGUACGAGUGUAUAAAGUGCCACUCUACUCAUUUGAAACCGGUUGGUUGGUGUACUUAUCUCGCGAAUUAUUAUUACAAAUUCCUUUAUAACAUUCUAUAAACGGCUUUAUUAAUGGUCUCCCUUUUGGACCACAACACCUGAGCCAAUAACCCUUUGUCUCUCUUCAACCAUUAAUUACCUUAGUGCUAUGUAUCAAACCAAUUAAUUCAAUUUAGUUUUGUGUGGUAUGUCGCUUCCGGCACAAAUGAAGAAAGUGGUUCUUGAACCAGAGUCCUUGACCCCGGCUGCCACUGUCGGGGAACAUCGCCUCUCUCAUACAUUCAGUAAUUCGUGUAGCAGUCGGUGCGCGUGGACUGAACGACGCCAACGCUAGGCGUAUGGGAGUUAGGCAGCUGAAUUGCGCACGCACAUCUAUGUGUGGUUGUGACAAGUGGCAACGCGGCAAAAUACGAAGUGCUCAUUUGGGGCUUCUUAUCGUAUAUUGACGAUAUACACUUUAAUGGGCGCGAAAUUCAGCAGCGUAAUUUCCGCUAGGCCUAGCUUAACGCUUUUCUUAUCGACACUAGUGAAAGUGAGUGGAAUUGUGAGUGGAUCGUGAGUAGCGUAGAGAACUGCAAUAAAUAGUGUGUAAAGAAUGGUCCUUUGAGCGUGUGCCGCCGGUGGGGAACGAAGUGGGGGCUGCCGACUGGCCAGCCCCACUUCGACCUCCUUGCACUCGCUCCCUUUAUAGACUUGUAUGGAGUUUUAUGACUUGUCUUGUAUGUACGAUCAACGCGCGGAAUAUUUUUCUAUAUUAGCAAUCUUCCAUUGUAGAGAUAAAAAUUUAAAAAAAAGUUUUUUUAUUUGUUACUAACUUACAUCGAAUGCCCGGUGAGCGCGACAACUUAUUUAGUCGUACUUUCCAACGUUUUUCUAAAAUUGCAAUUUUAAUCUUUCACGGGAGCUUACAAUAUCAACAAAUGAACGUCCUGCUAAAUCGCGGCUUUACGCGGCCAGAAUCUUCGUACAAGUUCUGGUGAUAAGUUGUCGCAGUCACGCGGUGUUCGAGAGAAGCACGCAGGUCCUUAUGCCGCUGCGAGGGGAACGAAGGCACUGACGUCAUUGAGCGCCGCGGAUUAAUCAAGUAAUUUAAAAAGUUGGGACAGACUGCGUAAAUGAAAUUGAAAUCCUUCAGUUUAUUGACUGAAUGUAACUAACUAACAUUUGUUCUAAAGCCUUUGUCAAUGUACAGAACUCACUCUCUGUGAUGUCGGUUGCGUUCCCAUUAUUGCUACAGUGUUAACUUAGUUGGUUAAUAAAACGCCACAGGUGCGAGCGAGACGGCUCUAUCAGAAUGAGGAACGCCAUUAUAAAUACGAAAAAUUACUACCUAGGGCGAGUGCAAGCUUUACAGUGUAAUACUUCCGUCCCUUUCUUCCGCACAGUUGCGUUUGUGUGCUUCCGCCUCGCUCGCACCCGCGGCCUCUUACGUUAAUUGUCGCAUUUGAGUUCGGAUAUUUGUGUUGUUGCCUCUUUUAUUCGCAUUGUAGGUGUUGUGUGUAAUUUAACACGUCGUCGCGUGUACGAAUGGUCGAGUUGAAUCAUUAUCUUGUAUGAUGGGGUGGUCCUACGCAAUCAGUCAGCAGCCCAGGGCAAGCUGGCUGUUCUUCCGUUUGCUCUUUUUUAACUUGUUUCUAAUAUUUAGUUUACGAAGUGAAGUAAAAACUUAUCAUCUGCAAUAUUACGUUAUUUAACUUUGUAACUUUGCCCAUCCUCGUCAUUCGAAACUACUUAAUAGAUCCGCCUAGCAGAAGAAAACAGCAGCUAUUCGUCGCAGUCGGUUAACACCGAGAAUGAGGUCAUCAACGAUAGUGAGUCAAUUCGUUGAAUCGUGAACAAGCAUUUUGUAUAGAAAAGACAUAUUUUUAAAUGCUCAUGAAUUUUUUGUUUCUUUUCGCAUUUUCUUUGUGUUUUGUUUAAUAUAGUUAAGUAACGAACAUAUCUUAAGAGUUGCAAUAAAAGCUGUUGUAGUUACUUUGUAUUAACUUUGUUUGUUGGUAUCUAUACUUUCUUUCGCUGUUGCUCAACUUUGUAUGUCGACUUUGUAAAGAAGGCGCUAAAAAUUGUCACGAAUGCAGAUUUAUUCAAUAAAAAA